UUGGCUUGCUUGCUGCCGCUUCCGCUUCCGGUAACAGCCCGAGGCUUUCUAGCCCAAGUGGCCAUGGCGGGGAGCCGGCUGGAGACUGUGGGGAACGUGUUCUCCCGGACGAGGGAUCUGAUGCGGGCCGGGGUGUUGAAAGAGAAGCCACUGUGGUAUGACAUAUAUAAGGCCUUUCCACCCCUGAGAGAGCCUGUCUUCCAAAGGCCCCGCUUGCGGUAUGGCAAAGCCAAAGCUGACAUCCAGGACAUCUUUUACCAGGAGGAUCAGAUUCGAGCGAAAUUCUUUGCAACCUAUGGAUCUGGUCAGAAAGCUUUUGAUCUCCUCAACCCAAACUUCAAGUCUACCUGUCAGCGGUUUGUGGAGAAGUACACUGAGCUUCAGAAUCUUGGAGAAACAGACGAAGAGAAGUUAUUUGUAGAAACGGGGAAGGCUCUGUUGGCAGAAGGCAUCAUUUUAAGAAGAGUUCGAGAAGCAAGGACUGUCAGCGUGAGACUUCAAGCUUCAUCAGAAGGACGUGAGCCUCAGGAAGACGAUGACCUGAAGCAGCGGGGGCAGGUGAAGCAGGAGCCAGAAACAGCCCCGUCCCCUCCCUGAGGCCCUUCAGCGCAUGAGCACGCCCAUCACCGCUGGCCCAAGCCGAUGGACUCUGAUGGCCUCCAUCUCUCAGGCACGUGUGCCUUCUCUUAGUCCCUGUUUUCGGGAUGUUAUGAAUCUCAGUACUGUGGUUUGAAACCACCAGCUUUGUGAACUUUUAUUUCAAGACAUGGUUAAAUAAAGGGUUCUCCAAGGCUUACAAAGUAAAUUGACUUUGAAACUGUAAAUAACACCAGGAAGCCUUUAAAGGUGCCUUGUGCUGGCCUUGGGCUGCCCGCACCUGAACUCUCUGGCCUUCUCGUCUGGAUCCCUCAGAAUCCUACUUGGCCACAUGGUCUGGUCCCUCCACCAAGUGUCUGUGGGUGGUGUUUGUACUUUUUUUCUGUAGAGCUAUUGACUGCAUCUUGACAGGCACAGCCAACUCCUGCUGCAGUAAGACCGAGUGCCUGUUUGAUGUGGACGAAGAUCACACCCAGUCCUUGGAUGUCACGGGUUGGGUUCAUUGUGCUUGAGAUGAUCAGCAUGGGCUCACAGUUCAGAGGCUGCCUAGAAAUUGUUUGGUGACUGAAUAAAUGACCACACCUAGCUAAAGACUGACAUUUUCCUAGUCACUGGAUUUCCAAGAUGGCAGGGGUAGGGGGCUGAUUCAGGUGGUCUUCCCCACAAACAUCCUGCCGCCCUGGUACUGCUUCCUUGUGUUGUGUUAGACUGAAUAAAUGCGAUGUCCUGUUGUGA